AUGGAGCCCACCAUCCGCAAGAUCGCCCUCCUCUGCCAGGUCGAUGUUCCCCAGGUUCUGGUGGUCCGUGACAUGCCCACCAUCUACCAGGUUCCUCUCCUCCUUAGCGAGCAGAACCUCAUCCCCUGGCUCCGUAAGGCCGUCAACCUCGACGCCCUUUCAAUCCCUGCGUCCCGCAUCGCCGAGGGCGAGGCCCUGUGGAAGACCUGGGCCUCUGUCGUCAGCCAGCCGUACGAGGGCGAGCUUAACAUCGCUCUUGUCGGCAAGUACGUCCAGUCGCAGGACGCCUACCUUUCUACCGUCAAGGCCCUGGAGCACUCGGCGAUGCACCUUCGCAAGAAGCUCAACAUCAUCUGGGUCGACUCCGAGCACCUCGAGCCUAAGGCCAAGUCUGAGGACCAGGCCCAGUACCACAAGGCGUGGCACUCUGUCUGCACCGCCGCCGGUAUCAUUGUCCCCGGUGGUUUCGGCACCAGAGGCACUGAGGGUAUGAUGAGAGUCUCCAAGUGGGCCCGCGAGAACGGUACCCCCUUCCUCGGUGUCUGCCUGGGUUUCCAGACCGCCAUCAUCCAGUACGCCCGCGACUUCCUCAACGUUCCUAACGGCACAUCUGAGGAGUUCAACGCCGAGGCUUCGGAUAAGGUCGUCGUUUACAUGCCCGAGCUCAACCGCAACAACCUCGGUGGUACCAUGCGUCUCGGUCUCCGUCCCACUCUGUUCCAACCCGGCAGCGAAUGGUCCAAGCUCCGUGCUCUGUACGGUAACGCCGAGUCGGUGGAGGAGAGACACCGUCACCGUUACGAGGCCAACCCUGAAUACAUCGAGAAGCUCACCGAGGCCGGCCUCGAAUUCAUCGGCAAGGACGAGACGGGCGAGCGUAUGGAGAUCUUCGAGCUCAAGAACCACCCCUACUUCGUCGGAACCCAGUUCCACGCCGAGUACCAGUCCAAGGUCCUCAACCCCAGCAGACCUUACCUCGGCUUCAUCGCCGCCGCUGCCGGAUGCCUCGACAAGGUCAUCAAGGAACAGCUCGAGGUCAACAACGGCGCCAACGGCGUCAAGCACGUCGUUUAA